ACAUCCUUACUUCGUUCUAUACUCUUACAGCGUGUACACCGUAUACGGGAGAGGAGGAAAGGAUAUGGGUGUCGUUAAGACCGCAUCGGAGAGCGUCCUCGAGGACAACGUGGUCCCCAGCGAGGAAGCGAAUUAUUCCGUGCAAGGUUAUGCCGAAGAAUGGACGGAAACGUUCCCAUAUCAACUGCUGGUCGGAACAGGAGUGGCGUUGAUGGCUCUAUUACUGCUGGCCGCCGUGAGUUUUCAAUGUUCUUCGACCUGGCAAUGGUUAAUGAGGGUGAGACGGCACAUGAAGGAGGAGGACGCCGAGAGCGACUUAUCGCAACAGAACGCUAUACGUAUCAGUCAUUCUCUGCCGGAUCUCCAAUCUGAGCCGAUUACUCAUGAGUACGUCCAGGAGCAAAAGGAUAGCAAAAAGGUAUUGCGCCAGACAACUUUGCCCAUUGUCCCGAUGAGGCACCAGAGCUUUCAGAGGCAGCUCUCUCAUCGUCUCGAUCUGCCCAUCAAAUUCAGCAUCUAUAGUCUGGAUAAACGUAGCGAUUCCAAUCUUGGUUUAAUCAAGCCGGAACUUUACAAAAAGGAAUUGGGAGACGAUGCUGAGACCGGGAGCAUCACGGAAAUGGAGUACGCUGGCAAGCUGCGUUUUGCUCUGCGCUAUGACAAGGAGAUGGAGGGGUUGGUGGUCAAAAUCUUAGAGGCUCGAGAAUUGCCGGUGAAGGAUGUGACAGGCAGCAGCGAUCCCUACGUGAAGGUAUAUCUUUUGCCAGAUCGAAAGAAGAAAUACCAAACUAAAGUGCAUCGAAAGAAUUUGAACCCCGUAUUCAACGAAACCUUCAUAUUCAGCAUGUCGUAUGAGGAAUUGAAGGAGCAGUAUCUUCAAUUUUCCGUUUACGACUUUGAUCGAUUCUCCCGAAACGACUUAAUCGGACAAGUGGUGCUCAAAGAAUUGCUGGACUGCACCGAACAGGAGAUCGAAUAUACUAUGGAAAUUCUGUGCGCCAUGCAGGACAAGGUGGACCUAGGAAAAUUGAUGCUGUCUCUUUGCUAUCUGCCAACUGCUGGUCGGCUAACAGUGACUGUAAUUAAAGCGAGAAACUUGAAAGCCAUGGAUAUAACAGGAUCGUCAGAUCCGUACGUGAAAGUGUACCUGCUGUGCCAAGACAGACGGAUCAAAAAGAAGAAGACCUCUGUGAAGAAGAACACCCUGUUCCCGGUGUACAACGAGAUCCUGGUGUUCGACGUGCCCGCGGAGAACAUCGAGGACGUCAGCCUCAUAGUGAAAGUGAUCGAUUACGACAGGAUCGGCUCGAAUGAGUUGAUGGGUUGCACGGCGAUCGGCGCCGAUUUCAUCGGUAUCGGACGCGAACAAUGGCUGAAGAUGUUGGAGAACCCGAGGAAACCUGUGACGCAAUGGUACCCGCUCAUGGAAACCAUCCCUGGACACAUCCCAUCCGUGAGUUCGGAACCUCUUCCAGUGAGUUUGAGCUGCUUGAACAGCAGAUGAAAACAGCAUGGUUGGGAUAAGUAUCGCGAGAAGUCGCAGUUCUUGCCGGAUGUCGGCUUGGGCGUUGUUUCCUUCUGUCGUCAUUUAAUGCACACCGCUUGACUGACUUAAGUACAAUUUCUAUCUCAUCAAAAAAAAAAAAAAAAAAAAAAAAGAAAAAAAAGGAAGAAAGUUCGGAAGAAACACACAAAAAUCUAAAAAUCUAAAAAUAUUAAAAAAAAAAAAAGGAGAAUGAAAACAAACAAAAAAAAAAAUUAAAGAAGAAAAACACACUCUGUGCUUUUUGGAGUAUAUACGUGGCGAGAGCGUGAAAUAGUAAACGAGCGAAUAGAUCGUCGUAGAAUGUUUCUAAAAGCUUAAUACGAUUGAAGAGAGGGGAUGAAAGGGGAGGUUGCUCAAAACUUUAUCUUUGAAAAAGACAAAGAGAGAGAGAGAGAGAGAGAAUAACAAAUAAAAUAUACGCGUAUAGAUAAAUAAAAACAAAAAAAACAAAAAAAGAAAAAAAAAUAAAAAAAGUAGAGAGAGAGAGAGAGAAAGAGAGAGAAAGAAAGAGAGAAUAAAAAUAAGAGUUAGAGAUAAUGAAAAAGAUAGAAAAUAAAAAAAGAUAGAAUAGAAUUAUUUUUUGAGAACGAAUCCAGGCUGGCCCUGUGCAUUCAAACGUACACACAAAUACGAAAUAUAGUUUAUCAAUUAUUAUAUCAUACGAACAUACAUACAUACAUAUAUAUUUUAUCAACAAGAAUAAAGAGUUACAUUAUUACCCAAUAGAUGGUUGUGAACGAAGUCUCGAAUUUUUACAAAUCAAAAUGGCGGAACGCUGCUCGAUGCUUUCCGAUCCCGGGAAUUGAAUAUCCCUCGCAUCCCUUGUUUCCGCUCGAACAAUACCAACACGAUGCAGGGAUCCGUGUUAGACGCGUUCAAAUUUCUACGUACAUAUAUUGGAAAAUAAUUGUCUGGCGGAACAGUGAGCCGAAAACCGAAGGAAAAAUCUUCGUUUCGAAAUAAAUCAGCGAGGCGCGGACAAAAGGAUCAUCGGGCGAUCUAAUACGAAUAUCUAUAGAAUGCACGUGAUUUCUGGACGAAAUUGUUUCCCAAUCUCUCGUAAUCGCUCUAUUUUAAUCGUCUAUUUUCAAAUUUAUUUUUACACUACUCUUUUAAUAUAUCCUUCGAUAUAAUUAAAUUCAUCGUGAAUUUAAAUUCUAUAUUUCGAGCAUAUGAUUCAAUUUUUCUACUUUUAUUUUAAUAAAAUUAACGUUUAAUUCUUUGAUAAAACUAGUUAAAUAGUUUUCUUGAAAUAACAAGGAACAAAUAAUUUGAGCUGAUCAAAGUGAUAUAAUUUAUUGGAAUAAUCUGCUAUAUAAAUAAACGAAUAAUAUAAUCGGGUCGUUUAUUUGGCCACGAAAACGUGCAUUACGAAUAUUUAUAAAGUCGCCAAGUUCCGCAACCACUGGUAUCAACAUCGCAUAAACUUAAUUUAACGCGACGUGAAACAUAUGCGGUUGCCUAUUACCCAUGUACAUGUGUAAUGUUAUUAUAGCGCAGCUAUUAGCUUUCGAUACGUGAAAUAAAUAAAUAUAGUACGUAUAACAAUAAUCGCUUUCAAUGGUGGCCACGACCGCGGUUAGAUCCAAUCGUGUUAAUCAAACACCUCUUUCGUGCUUCCGAACUUAAUUGUUUCUGUCGAUCAAUUUAUGCAUGAAAUUCGCGAAGGGAAACGUUCCAAGGACAAUAACCAUUUAAUCGGAUAGAUAUUCUCCUCGACGUAGACUUCGAAUAGAGCAAUAUAUUUCUAAACGUAAACGUAUCCGUGAAAACAUCCAACAUGAAAAUCGUUGUUCCGUGUUGAAUCGUGCAACGCGAGCACAACAGGAAGCAAGCGAAAAAAUAAAAAAAAACAAAGAAAAGGGAGGAAAAAAGAGAGAGAGAAAAAAAUAUAUCGAAAAUGAAAGAAUGAAAGAAAGAAAGAAAAAAAAAGAAAAAACAUGAAAAAAGUAAAAAAAAAGUAAGUGAUUAGAUGUAGAGGAAGACAACGUUUACUAAUUCACGCUCUUACGCCAAUUGUUCGCGCAAAUGUUCUUAUUCAACGCGAUAAGUGUUUCGACGUAAAAGCUCGUCGAUAUGUGGACACCGCUUGUGAUAACGCACCCGAAGUACGUGCAUUCACGAGAAAUUGAGACACGAUGCGAGAGAAUGCAUCUACUUAUCUAUUUAUGUCGUAUGAAAAAGGUACGAACGUUGGAGGUAAUUUCUAUUAUAGCGUUUGUCUACCUCAUCAUCUAUCCCUUUCCCGCGAAAAGGAAGAAAGGAUUUCUGAAAGAAGAUAGAAGAUAACUUUCUAGAAAGUAAGAAUCGAUUACUUGCUGAAAUUCGUGAAAUUUGUAAGUUAGUUGGAGUAGGGAAAAUUUUUACUUUAUUGAGAAAGGCAUUAUAAAAUAAAAUUUAAUAAUAACUCGAAGUAACGAGUUACAUUGAUUAAUUUACAAUUAUUUUUACUUUAUUUUUACUUUCUAGAAAGUAAAAAUCGAUUACUUGCUGAAAUUCGUGAAAUUUGUAAGUUAGUUGGAGUAGGGAAAAUUUUUACUUUAUUGAGAAAGGCAUUAUAAAAUAAAAUUUAAUAAUAACUCGAAGUAACGAGUUACAUUGAUUAAUUUACAAUUAUUUCAAUAACGGCUUGAAGAAAAAUUAUAAAACGAUAGAAUUAAAAGAAAUUUCGAAUGGUGAAACGAACAUUUAUCCAAGAUGUAUCGAUUAUUACAUUGUGUAGUAGGAGUUCGUGUGUGUAUCGAAUAAAAAUUGUAUGCACGUGCGAAGGGCUGCGUCGUAGAGAAGAAUGAAUCGAUGCGAACGAUGCGGAGCGUGUAUAAUAUCGCACAAUUAUGUUCGAUUAAUAAAUUACAAAAUGUAUAUCAAAAAAAAAUAAAAAAAUAUAAAAAAAACAAAAAAGAAAUAAAAAAAAAAAGUAUAUACUCACGUAUAUAAUUGUAAAAUUCGAGAACGCGUAAAAUGGCACCAAUAAUUGUUUCGCGUCUAAUGAUAAGAUCAAUCGCGAUGGCUCGUAUUUCAUAUCGAUUAACGAUCAAUCAUGAAAAACUGACUAAGGCUGCAAUUCUGGAUACACAUGGGCGUCUUUGGAAAAUAGAUGGAUGAAGGAGAACAAUCUAUGUAAAAUGGAAUUGUUGCAUGAUUGUCCUCAGAUACCAGAUUCGAAUAUCUAUUACAUAUCUUCGACUCAUUAAUUCUGAUAUGAAUUGUUAGUUAAUGUAGAAUAUUAUUUUGACAAAAUUUUUGGAAAAAUUAUCAUUUUGUGAAUAUCUGGUCUCUAAAGAUCGAUUAUCAAAAAUCGAGCGAUAUAUUUCGUUUCUAAAGACACUCUGUGUUUCAUGUAGCUGGAAUGAAUAAUAAAAUAUAAACUUAUAUAAAUAUCGAAGCAUAGAUUAUUAUACGUGAUGACCAUAAAAGAAAAGUAUCCUUCGAAUUAUCUGAAAAACAAACUAUAGCAAAUUAUAAGCGCGUAGUAGGAUAAAUGAAAUGUGUCAAGCCUCAAAUAGCAUAGUAUCGUAGACAAAGUAGUGCAAAACGUCAAAACGCUUUUUAGUAGUUAAUUCUUUGAAAUGUAUAAAUAUUCAUAUACGUAUAUUUGUAUAAUCCUCGUACCAAUACACGUAUCCCGGUCAAUUUGGUCAUUGGAAUCAUUGAUUCUUUCGAGAGAUCGAAAUCCUUCGAAAUUCCAGCGACGCCCAUUAUUGGUCAUGUAAACAAAAUAAAUAAAUACAAAACAAAUUAUACGUUCUGUUUUUCGUACGAUCCACGAGCAUUGUAUCACAGACUGAACUCAAUUUCGCAUAAUUAUACAUAAUUAUCGUGAUGGUCGCAUCAUUUUAGAAGUGAUGCUUGCAGUAGAAUAUUAGAAUGAGCUGAGACUGAGGGAAAAAAUGUUUUUCUAUGCAUGCAAGAGUCAGAUGACAGAACAAAUCGAUGCUGAUGCGCUUGAUUUGUCUAGCAAGCUAUUGAGAAAGAAUGUCUCUAAAUUUAUAUAUUAUUAGAAAAAGGAAUAAAAUAAAAUAAAAUAAACAAAGAAAAGAAGUUAUUAGAAAUUACUCUAUUCAAUCAAUGCUAUUAGCCAGAAUUUCUUUCAAUAACUUUGUAAUAAUUUUCUUCGCCAAUAAGAUGUUUCACAUAUAUAUUGAUUAUACUGUUCAACAUUUUUAUUGAUAUUCUCUAAUUCCAAAUUUUACGUUCGAUUUUUCCAUCCGAUUUUUUUAAUUCUCCUAUUACAUUUGGAUUCACACGAGUAAAUUUUCUACUAAAUUUAAAAAAAUUAUACAAUUAGAAUAAGCUUUCGAGAACGUAAUAGGAGAGUAAAAAAAUAUAUAGUAAAAAAAUAAUAGCAAUUAUAUCCUGAUUUCUCUGUCGACGAGGAUUAAACGAGAAGGAAAUUGGAUUAAGCGUUAAUUUUAAGCAGGGAAUAUCUUUCCACCACUUUGGAUACAAGAAUUAGCUACAUUUCGAUGUUAUCGUCAGUUCUCUUCAAUUUGACAUUUUUCUAUUCAUUCCCAUUGUAUUAUUAAUGUGCGUCGAUGUUCGAAGUUAGCGGGUUACUUUUUUUGUAAAAUCGCAUCGUUCAGUUCGCAUCGUUCCAUUGGCCAUUUGUCAGGCCAGUGAAUUAUCUUCGAAGUAAUAUUCCCACAAAUAUCGAUCGUGGAUGAACGAUAUUUAUGGAGCGCGCAUGCAUAUCACACGACGAAACACGUACGAAUGGACGAGCGUUGAUCACAAAUUAUUAGAAAUUUUUUUUUUUUUUUUUUUUUUGAGCGAAAGAAGAGCAACCAAAGAGAAACGAGACCUCUGUUUAAAGUCUACUCUGUUCAUGAAAGUGAUAUAAAAUAAUCGUAUAUAUAAUCGAAUAUGCAGGCGAGUAAACUUAAGUAAUCCGGUACCGCUAGAAGCACGUAUUUUCUAACGAAUGUGUAUAAUCUAUACUGUAUAUUCGGGCACGCAAGUGCCUCUUGCGAUUGUGAAUGAAAUAAAAAUAAAUCGGUACCACAUAGAACAUCUGUUGUUUAACUCUAGAAAUCCCCAAUUAGAGAUUUAUUUCCAAUUCCUUUCCUUUUAUAAAACUUAUGAAACAUUUAUAAAAUUUGUGAGCACUUUAUUACUUAUAAUAUAC